UGCAUUUCACUAGCCCCGCUGAUCCGGGGUCAUUUGGGGUUCAGCUGCCGGGGGCUAUUAUUUAAUUUAAUUCUUCCUCGUGGUGACGAGAAACAGCGAAGAGGAAGUGGAAUUGUUACGAUGGCAGAAAACGCAACGAUUGUCUUCGUGUCGCCGAAGAAAAACGAGGACGGCGAUUUUGCGCAGUGCGUCGAUGCUGAAAUGCGUGUGCGGUCUUCUUCGCCUGCUUCGGACACUUCUGCGUCGUCCGCGUUGACAGAGCAGAGGGCGAUUGACGAUGGAACGGAUGCGGAGUCAGUUGUUUCUUCGCCUGCUUCUCGGAUAGUCGAGCUUUCGAUAGAGAGCAAGAACGAUAGUACAGUGCGUCCUGUCGGCCGGAUUUCCGAGGGAUUGCAGGUCUCUGUCUCUUUUGAAGUGAUGGACCAGACUUGCGGCGAUUCUCCUGUCUUUGUUUCGUGCGUGGAGCGAUCCUGUGGGCAAUUAGAGUCUCCAGCUGGUAGGGUGCUGAUUGCCGCUGUGACUGACUGGUCGGAGAAAGAAAAUCCCUGCUCUCCGCGGACUCUGGAAAAUGAUCUGAAUGCUUCUCCGAAUGUACUUCGUGCUCCUAUGAAGCCUGCCCGCAUGAGUAUCUUGAAUCAAACUUUUCGAACGGCCUCAGUCCGUCGAAGGUUGAAUUUUGACGGUUUGUGAGAAGCAAUGCCCUGCUUAUCUCCACUACAUCUUGGUCUUCAUUCCGCCGGUCGGAAUUCCGUGACCGAUGGCUUGGCUUUGCUGCCUCGGCAGUUCUUUAGGUUUACCAGCAAUAUUAUCUUUCUGCGUAGUAAUCACCGCAGCUUAGAGUACCAUAAUUUUGUGUAUAUGACUUGGUAAGAUGUACCAUCCCAAUCCUAGAAUUUUAGUUCAGGUGACCUGAUCUCCUCCUGGGCGAAGGAGGAGCACUGUACAUGAAAGCUUCUUCACGGUUUGCGCUCAAGAAAGACGACACAAAUUCUUGACAGCAGCUCUGAUGAAGACACUCCAAGCACGACUAUAAUUUCUACACGAGGACGGGUCAUUUGACAGGAUGAAAGAGGGUAUCUCCGUCACCGAGAUACAGCCAGAUUAUUUGUGUACAGCGUAAAUGCGGAGAGACGAUGAUGCGGCAUUAUGCCUCGUCCUCAGAUCUCCAGCUCUCGAGCUGAAGAAGACAAGAGGAUGACUUCUUUGUUCUGUCGUCUGUCAUCACGCCAAACUUUCAGUGAGAGGAUUCUUUUGAUCAGCUGUUCCUCUUCUUUGUAGCAAUGGAAUUCAUGUUCGAGAGGGGAACUUGUGUAAGACGAGAUUCCAAGCAUUUGCAAGUCGGCCAGUCGGUGGUCUGGUCUUGUCCGGCGAAUUUCGAGUUAGUUUCUGGAUGCAGAAAUGCCGAUAGUAACCAGGUCGGAAUCGGAGAAGGAUUUCCAAUAUGUAGUACAGAGAAUGCAUUUGGAACAUGUAGAUGUGCCUGAUGGUUGCCUCUAAAAGGAUACACUUUAUCUCCUAAAUCUAAAGCUUUUUAAGAGGCGUCGAGGCUAUCGGGGGUGAGAUACUUCAAGGAGUGUAUGCGGAGAUCACACGAGUUCAGAAGUUUACCUUCAAGGAGUAGGAACAGUUGUAAAUUUGUAAAGUUCCCAAGUCGAAUUUAGGACAGGAAGUCGUGCUAAUUUACUCAAAGAUAUACUAUCGUGAUUCUUUCCAAUUUUCUUCCUCUCUAGUUGAACCACUUCAUCUCGAACUCCCAAGCCAUGUAACAACUUUUCAUUAAGUGAAGGCAGUCAUAUUGUAGGU